UUACCCGUGUUUAUGUCCGCUGUUUUUAUUCUAAUGUGCAUUUGUUUUGUCUAAUGAGUUAUAUUCUAUGAAGUGCUUGUUAUCAACUGUGUUAGUGUUUUAUGGUGUUCCUGGAAAAUGUUCUGACGGCCUCUAUAUACAUUAUUCUGUGGACGAAAGUCGGACUGGGACUGCCAGCAAAAAGAGACAGCUGAUCAAAACCAUCACACCUGCUACGAAUUAAAAUAAAAUUAAUAAAAUACGGCAUCUUGGACUAAGUUUUAUCAUCAUCAAACUAAUCAUUUUGCCUAAAUCCUUCUGAUAAUGGCGUUGGCGAGAAAUUUAACAGCGUUGAUUUAUGAAAUAAAAGCACACGAUGGAAAGGUCACGAGUCUUGAUUUGGGUGAGACGGGACGUGUUUUGGUCACUGGAGGGGAGGACCGCAAUGUAAAUCUAUGGGCUAUUGGUCAAGACGAGUGUUUUAUGUCUUUGACGGGCCACAAUCGCCCAAUUGAGUGCGUACGAUUUGCCAACAAUGAUAAUUUUGUAUAUUCUGCGGACAAUAUCGGAAUAAUCCGGCGCUGGGACCUAAACUCUCAGCAGAUAUUUUCAACAUUGAAUGGCCACAUGAAGAGCGUACGCACGCUUGACUUUAAUCCAUCAGGGGAAUAUGUUGUCUCGGGCAGCAACGACACAACAGUCCGACUGUGGGACGUACAGAAUGAUAAUAAGUGCAUUAAGGUGUGCAGAGGACAUAUAUCACAUGUUAAUUCUGUGAAAUUUUCUCCGGAUGGUCUUUGGAUUGCCUCUGCUGGCUUUGAGGGAUCAAUUAUAAUUUGGGAUAUUCGAAAAAGCAAACAAAUAAUGGAGUUUGUGGAGGAGCCACCAGUUGCCGCAAUAACGUGCAUUCAAUUCCAUCCCUUUGAAUUUUUGCUGGUAGCAGGUCGCGUUAAUGGAACUGUCUGCAUAUACGAUUUGGAGCAUCAAAAGCUCAUUUCAAAGACGGAUAAUUCAAGUCAAUUCUAUGGUCAGCCAAUUAAAUGCAUAACGUUUAGUGAAAAUGGGGAGUGUUUAUUUGUUGGUACUGCAUUGGGAAUAUCUGUCAUUGGCUGGGAGCCGGAUCGUGAGUUUGACAAUAUAAAAGGCACAUGGACUUCACUUGGUGACAUGAAAGUUGUAAAAAAUAAAUUGAUAUGUGCUUGCCAUGAGGUCGACACUGUUUCUAUUAAUACAGUGAACAUCGAUCGCGUCGUUCCGUUUUACCAUCCUUCCAAUACUCAACCACAGUUUAAGCAUAACUCAACGAACCGCAAAAGUUUUUCACGCGGCAACCAAAAGUUUCGGCUAUCCCUUGGUGGCUCAAAGCCCGCCCAAGUUUUGGAAGAGAAUGAGGACGGUAAAAGUCAAAAUUUUGAUGAAUUAUCAUCGCCAAAUUUAAGCUUAGAAGUUGUAAAUGAAGCGAUUUUGGAACCGAAUGAAUCAUCGCCAAUGUCAUCUUUGCAUAUGCAACAAUCGGGGAGUUCAUCAAUCGGUCCUUCUAUAUCCUAUAAUGCAAGCAUAGAAGUAUCGAAGCUCAAUAAAUUUUCCCGUACGCCAAAUUUUAACGGUUACAACGUGGAUCCUUCCAUUUCGUAUGGCAUGGAUGAAGGUUCUAAUCGUUUGCUACAAUUCAAUGGGCCAAGUUCACUGAAUAUGCCGGAGGACUACAACAUAUACUCAGUUGAAAAGGAUGAAAUUCCGUAUGCCCGCGAUGUUGAGUUUAAUGCAAACGAUAGUAAUCCUCCUAUCCUAAUAAAUUAUGACAAUUAUGAGAUGGCUGAGGAUUUUCCGGUCAAUCAGAACUUGAAUUUUGCAGCCAGUAAUUACAGCUCAGUUCCCACAUCGGCUAUUAAUGCGUCGUCAAAGACGAUCAAGAAAGUAUCAGCAAAUGCUCAUAAAAGAACUACAACCAUUGCCAAUAGCAAACAGAACUCGACGGCAUUAUUUGGUAACAGCAAAUUGGGUCAAGUAUCGUCAGUAAGUUCUAUGGAAUUGCACAAGUUGGACGACAAUAUGGUUCUCAAGAAAUCCUCGUCCUCAAACGUGGUUAACAAAAACAAGCGUACUUUAGGAGCCCAGAGCCAUUUGUAUAAAGAAAAUACUCAUCAUAAAAAUAUCAAUGUUGAAAUCAUUACCAAGCCCCCGAUGAGAUCUCGCACAGCUCUGGAUAUGCGCCAAACGCAGCAAACUAAGUCUCAGGAUAAGCAGAUCCAUGUACCAAUGAAUUAUCGUCCCGACCUAAUACCUACCUCAGGAAGGGCCCCUAAUCGUGGCAUAGCGGACGAUCAUUAUGAAUUUGAUGUCCUUACACGAUCACAUGAAGCAGUCCUUCAAGAAUUAAGCAAUAGACAGGCCAAUCUUGACAUUAUUCGUAGUUCAACGCGGUCGCAGGAUGUAAUUGGGGCACUCAAACAAGCGAAGAGUUGCGGAAGAUCGAUUUUUGUAGACCUGUUGGGUGCUAUUAUUGAGAAACCAUCUUCCUGGAAUUUAGAUUUGUGCACAUGUGUGCUGCCCGAGAUUUAUGAACUUUUGCAAAGCCAGCAUAAAUUUCACUAUACACGUGCGUGCGAUACACUGCGCAUAAUUUUAUCAAAUUUCUUGCCCAUCAUCCAAGAGAAUCUAGACUCCUGGGGCUCGAACGGUCUUGGGGUUGACGUAACGCGUGAGGAUCGUCAGAGAAAAUGCAUGCAGUGUCAACGAUGGCUACUACAAAUUAAAAACCUACCCGAAAGCACUCACUUUGGUUCCACGCUGACACAACUGCAGAACAUAAUUAUUGUUUAAAACCAUAAUUUUGUGUACAUUAUCCAGCAUUAAUAUACGUAUACUUCACUGUCGUAUAUAGCUAUAAGUCCAACCAAAUUUUUAUUUUUACUGUGCAGAGCACUAGAAACAAAAUACCGAUAAAGUUCAAAUGUGAACGUGUGUGGUGUGAUAAAGAACAAAACAUUACAAUUUCAUUGAAGCGUUGUGGAGCCUCUCUUCUCUUUAUAACAACUCUUUAAAACCUUGUAACAAAAUACAAUUGUCGACCUAAUUGAAAACAAAAGACCCAGAGCUCCCACACAUUACUAAAAAUCGUACAAUAGCUAAUGGCAUUGUGAACACAAAAUCGAACUAUUUUAGUCAGACACGAAUAUAUUUUUAAAACGUAAGCGGUGAAAAUAUAGUUGUCGUUGCGAUUCUCUAUCGCACCAUGUUCCCACAUUAUUUUAAAACAAUAAUACGUUUCCAGGGUUUGGCAUACUGAAUAAAUUGGUUGGGCUGAUUGGCUGGCGUUGCAGUAUAGAGUUUAAGAUUAAUUUGUUAUGGAAACUAAUUUAUAUAACUGCUACUUUAAGU